AAUUCAGUAGAUAUCACAGCAGGCAUGUGCUGAUUGCGAUGACACCUGAAUCGACCGUAUUUUACACAUGUCGUAACUCGUAACCACAGCAACAACGCUACAUGCCGCUGAGCCUUUCACUUGUGCUGCAACUGUCGUGGAGUGAGCAUGCUUCACAACCUUGCGUUGUGUAUCUGAUCUUGGUCACGCUCCCCUGAAGACAUCACCAUAGCCUGCAAGUCCCUCCGUGGCCUACAACAGACUCGUGAUGGCCGUCCAAAGGAAGCUAUUUCUUCUUUGGAAUUCAACCGCCGCCCCGGAACAAGAUGAUUCUUGGAGGCAAGAGAUCAACAUCACAGCAAUCCACGAUCCUCCGUACUUCUCCAUCAAACGUCUGGCGAACGGCUCACACAGCUUCGGCGGAUACAUGCACGACGUGUGGCAAAUUAUAGCUGCCAAUAUGGAUCUCAAGUACCGCAUUAUUCCAUGUCCCGGAGGAGGAUAUGGUGUUCUGGACUCGAACGGCACCUGGAACGGCAUGGUGGGAGAGCUAGCUUCAGGACGUGCCCACCUGGCGCUGAACGGGUUGUUCUACAAUCGCCAGCGAACCAGCGUGGUGGAUUACGUCAGCUCGACGCCACUAGACCAACAGCAGAUCAGUUUCUUUGUGCGUCGCGGGUCACGCGCGAUGCCUACCUUGUCGGCAGAGUUGUUCGCAGGUCUUCUCACACCACUCGAUAACACCGUCUGGUGGGCGUUGCUUGCCUCGAUGAUCGUGCUGUGGUUGGCCCUCUGCGUGACUUUGCGUCUUGGAGACCGCCGUACGCAGGAUCCUCAAUCGACGAACGAUCUUCACUGGACCCUGUGCCCGUUAUUCAUCUACAGCACGAUAGUGUGCCAGGGGUGGAGUAUCGUCCCUGAGGUCCUCUCCGCUCGCACUGUUACCAUCUUCAGUUGGAUACUCGGCCUCAUCAUCUACACCUCCUACACGGCCAACUUGAUCUCCCACUUGGCGGUGGACCGCAUGCAGCGACCCAUCAACAGUCUAGAGGAGUUCUCCAAGCUCCCAGACUGGUCUCUUGCCGUGGAACCUGGCACGAGCCUCAUCAGCGCAUGGAGAUACAGUCACAAUCCUUACGAGCGACAUCUGUACAGUCGAGUCCUGGACGGGAAGAAUCUGGUGUAUCUGAACGACUCCGAAAGCGCUGUUCAGCGGGUUCUGAGACCUCGGGUUCUCGUGGUCAGUCCCCUGAAUCGGCUAUUCCACUGGCUCGGAACAGAUGGAUGCCACUUUGUCCCACUUUUAGAUGUUGAAGCGUACGGUAAGAAACCAGUCUUCUUGGCGCUUGCCAAGAGAAAAAAGAAACUACGACUGGCGCUCGAUCGCCAGCUAUUGAGACUCAAGGAGCUGGGUCUGCUGGACGAACUGUGGAGAAAGUGGAUAGACGUAGACCCCAGCAUGUGCGAAGUACCGUCAGGAUACCGUGCGGUGUCUCUCACUGAUCUCGCAGCCGUUGUUCUUGUAGUUGUUUUCGGUGUGGUGUUCAGCCUGGUCGCACUAGCGGUAGAGCUGGUUGUGUUUAGAGCCUGUCACGCGUGCAGGACUGCAAGAUGUCGAUGUGUUAGUCGCUCAGGUCGGGCUGCGAUGGCAGCAUGGGGGCCGGAAGCUAAAAAGGGAAUGAAAAUGAGACCAUGA